AUGAAAAAUUGGAUUUGUUCUCUAUUAGUAGCAGCUUCCACCCCUAGAAAAUCUGCUCUACAGGCUGCAGCAGCUUCCACAAGUUUAUCAGAAGCUUAUUGUAUAAGAGUAGCUAGACAUAUGGCUUCAAAUACAUCCAUGCACAAGGAUUUUCAUCAUGAUGCUGAUGAUCAAGGAUAUAAAGGACAUGGUUUGCUGCCACCUUUUACGGCUGGGUGGCAAACGAAUGAAAAACCUCUUCUCAUAGCCAAAUCCCAGGGUUGUUAUGUCUAUGACACGAAUGGAAAAAAGUAUCUUGAUUCUCUUGCUGGUCUAUGGUGCACAGCCUUAGGAGGGAGUGAACCACGCUUGAUUGAUGCUGCAACUAAACAGCUUAGCACCCUGCCGUUUUAUCAUUCUUUUUGGAAUCGUUCCACAAAACCCACGCUGGAUCUCGCGAAGGAGCUUCUGGAAAUGUUUACUGCUAAUAAAAUGAAGAAAGUAUUCUUCACAAAUAGUGGCUCAGAAACCAAUGAUACUCAGGUAAAGCUAGUUUGGUAUUAUAACAACGCACUUGGAAGGCCAAACAAGAAAAAGAUUAUUUCCAGAUUAAACUCGUACCAUGGAUCUACUGUUAUAUCAGCUAGUCUUUCAGGCCUUACUCCACUGCAUCAGAAUUUUGAUCUGCCCGCUCCAUUUGUUUUGUACACUGAUUGCCCUCAUUAUUGGAGAUAUCGUAUUGAAGGUGAGACAGAAGAAGAUUUCUCAACAAGGUUAGCUAAUAAUUUGGAAGAGCUUAUCCUAAAAGAGGGACCAGAGACGAUCGCUGCCUUCAUUGCAGAGCCGGUCAUAGGGGCAGGAGGAGUCAUUCCACCUCCAGCUACUUAUUUUGAUAAAAUUCAAGCUAUUGUCAAAAAAUAUGACAUUCUAUUUAUUGCUGAUGAGGUGAUUUGUGCAUUUGGAAGACUGGGAACUAUGUUUGGCUGCGAUAAAUACAAUAUCAAGCCAGAUCUUGUCUCUGUAGCAAAGGCUCUUACUUCCGGAUAUAUGCCAAUUGGUGCUGUUUUGGUAUGCCCUGAAGUUUCAGAUGUUAUAUACUCUGAAAGCAACAAACUGGGUUCUUUUAAUCAUGGAUUCACUACUUCGGGGCAUCCAGUCUCCUGUGCUGUUGCAUUAGAAGCACUGAAGAUCUACAAGGAGAGAAAUAUUGUUGAGCAGGUGAAGAACUUAUCUCCGAAGUUUCAAGAUGGUAUAAGGGCCUUUUCCGACAGUCCAAUUAUUGGCGAGAUUAGAGGAACUGGUUUAAUCAUUGUGACAGAGUUCACAGAUAACAAGUCGCCAACUGAUCUCUUCCCUCAAGAAUGGGGCAUAGGUGCAUAUUUUGGAGCAGAGUGUGAGAAGCUUGGGAUGCUGGUGCGCGUCGUCUAUGACCACAUCAUUAUGAGUCCUCCCUUGAUCAUCACCCCGACUGAACUUGACGAGUUGAUAAGCAAAUACGGGAAAGCACUCAAGGCCACCGAGGAAUAUGUGAAACAACUCAAGGCUAAGCAGAAGUGAUCAUCUGUUACUCAGCAUGAAAAAAAUAAGAAUGACUAUUACUACUAC